AUGCACCCUCCUCCAAGGCCGACACAUUUUUCGAAUCAGGUCCGCGGCGUCACUGGUCUGCGACCCAAUGGGAGCCCCCGCUGGGAGGCACAACCGGCGGCCCUCCGGGGAUUUAUAAGGCCCGCCAGCAACCGCGCGUUGGGAUUCGUAGUGUUGUUGAAGACCGGAGGAGUGUCUGCAGUCAGCGACUCUCCACCAACUUCAACUACUGGAUCAACCAUGGUGGGCUCACCCUCGCGGUGUGAGUGCAUCUCCAUCCAUGUGGGCCAGGCCGGAGUGCAGAUGGGCAAUGCCUGCUGGGAGCUAUACUGCCUGGAGCACGACACCCAGCGCAGUGGCACCAUGCCCAGCCACAAGGCCCUGGGGAGCAGCGAUGACUCCUUCAACACCUUCUUCAGGGAGACCCAGCCUGGCAAGCAUGCGUCCUGGGCUGUCUGUGGACCUGGAACCUGCUGUCAUAGGAUGGGGUAAGAACUGACAUUUAUAGGCAGCUCUUCCACCCUGGGCAGCUGGUAUCUGGCGUGGAAGAUGCUGCCAACAACUAUGCCUGUGGCCACUAUACUGCGAGGAAGGAGACCAUCGAUUUGGUGCUGGAGCGAAUCGGAAAACUGGCGAGCAGGCCUCCAGCACCUACAGGAGGUCAUUGCAUCCUUAACCCUCUUCCUGGCUGGGAGGCAACCACAGCGUGGGCUGGCACCUGACAUCAUUCCUCUGGCCUCUCAGUCCAUUCACUCUCUCCUAAGAGGAUACAUGUUUUCUGUCCUGGGUGCAGUUCUAGAGUUGGAAGCCUGAAUAACCUACUCUGCCUUGAGUUUGUGGACUCAA